AUGUUAGGUGUAAGAGGAAGGAGGGGAGGAAGAGAGCAGCAGCAGCCAAAAGGAGUGAAGGGUGAGGAAGGACAGCCGAGGAAACAAGAGAAGAGGUGUGGUGCAGUUGGAGCAUUAGGAGGAAGAAGAGUCACAACCAACAAGCAUAGGGUGGUGGAAGAGGCACUCAAUAGGGUCAAAAGAAGUGAAGCAACCAUAGGAGUUUUUUUAGUGGUUCCCUUUGAUGUGGCAGUACACUAUAGGGCAUGGGUCGAAAACUCUUCACACAAAUUUGAAGAUACGUGGCAGGAACAGCGACCAGUUGAACUUAUCUUGGGAAAAGAAAAAACAGAAAUGACGGGGUUGGGCAUAGGUGUGGCAAGCAUGAAGAGCGGAGAGCAUGCGCUGUUACAUGUGGGUUGGGAACUAGGCUAUGGAAAAGAAGGAAGCUUUUCAUUCCCAAAUGUGCCCCCUAUGGCAGACCUUUUGUACGAAGUCGAGCUUAUUGGUUACGAUGAAGCCAAAGAAGGGAAAGCCCGAAGUGACAUGACAGUAGAGGAAAUAAUUCAAGCAGCUGAUGGAAGGAAGAUGGAAGGAAAUUCUUACUUUAAGGAAGAAAAGCUUCAGGAGGCUAUGCAGCAGUAUGAAAUGGCAAUAGCAUAUAUGGGUGAUGACUUCAUGUUCCAAUUAUUUGGAAAAUACAGGGACAUGGCCUUGGCUGUGAAAAAUCCAUGUCAUCUUAACAUGGCUGCGUGCUUAAUUAAGCUAAAUCAAUACAAAGAAGCCAUUGGACAAUGUAGUAUUGUAUUAUCUGAAGAUGAAAACAAUGUGAAAGCAUUAUACAGACGAGGAAAAGCCAGAGCACAACUUGGUCAAACAGAUGCUGCCAGGGAGGACUUUCAAAAGGCCAGAAAAUUUGCCCCAGAAGACAAGGCUAUCGUGAGAGAACUGCAGCUGCUUGCUGAACAUGACAAAGCUGUCUAUCAGAAGCAGAAAGAGAUUUAUAAGGGGAUUUUUGGACCGCGGCCCGAACCCAAACCCAAGAGGUUGAGUCGGGUGGUUGUUUUCUGGCAAUGGCUUGUAUCUUUGAUUUGCAGCCUAUUCAAGCGUCGAAGGCCUAAAACUGACUAAGCAUUUUGUGGCGACUGAAGUUUGCUUGAACAGACAGCUUCUGAAAAGCAAGUGUGGCGUCAUUUUUCUAAUUAAUCUUUACCAGGGGGAGGCAUCAAAUUUUAGUAUAAAUUAUCUUCAAAUCCUGAAGAACAAGAGGCGAGGACUUUGUAACAUUUGUACAAACAAGUGGAAAAGAAUCUCGAAACAUGCUUGUGUUAUAAUGUUACUUUUCUUUUAAGGAGAUGUGGCCUUGACUGGUUUUUUUUUUUUUUCCAAAGUCUGUCCGUGUAUGAACAAAUUCCAGAAGUCACUGUGAAACCUGUGAUGCUUUUUGCCUUUGUUGACUUCUUUAUAUGUAUAUCUUCCAUUCUUUUUUUCUUUUUGGUUCA